AUGUCGUCCAAGUACGACGACAUUGUGCUCACAAUCAAUGGCCAAAUAGGCACUAUCAAACUCAACCGGCCCAAAACCCUCAAUUCCUUUAGCAGCAAACUCAUAGCAGAAACUAUCGCCGCCAUCCGAGUGCUUGACCAACACCCCGAUACGAUAUUUACGGUCCUCACUGGCGAGGGGAGAUUCUUCUCAUCUGGUGCUGACGUCAGAAAUUUGAUCCCCCUAGGCGAAGCUGGGCUAGGCUCUCUCAAUGACGCUGAGAAGAAACUGCAAUACCUAGGAGAAUUCAUGUCAGCCCUCGAGUUGCUCCGUAGCUUAAUCGAUCAUCGCAAAGUCUUUGUCCUAGCACUCAACGGCCCCGGCGUCGGGGGCGGUGCCGCAUGGUUUACCGGCAUAGCAGAUAUCGUUCUCGCCUCCUCCGCCGUGUAUCUGCAAGUCCCCUUCUCCGCCCUCGGUCUAGUCCCCGAGAACGGGUCGGCCAUCAAUUUCGCGCAAAGCAUAGGUGUGCACCGGGCGAACGAAUUCCUGAUGUUUGGCCGGAAACUCAGUGUUGAAGAAUUGCAGCAAUGUGGUAUGGUGAACCAUGUAUUUCCCGUAGAGGGUUUUCAAGGUCGUGUGAAAACCUUUCUGGAAGACCAAUUAAAGAUUAAUGAUGGGAAGAGUAUGAUGGAGACGAAGAGGCUGCAGAAUGAGUCGUUGAGAAGUGGGAGAAUGCUUGCUGUUUUGAAUGCCGUUAAUGCAUUGGCUGAAAGGGUAUAUCGUACUUCAAGUAGCUCUGGCUUAUACGUCGCUGAUACUGGAUAG